UUAAAACCGGAAGUUGCACAUGGCGAGAAACACACUUCGUUGCAAUGGAGAAAAAACGUCUGUUGGAAGUGAUAGAAACUGACAAUGAGGAUGAAACCUGCAGAACAUUUGUAUUACAUGGUGAAGACCAUACAUUGGGUAACUCUCUCCGCUACAUCAUCAUGAAAAACCCUGAAGUCCAGUUCUGUGGUUACAGUAUUCCUCACCCAUCAGAAAACAAAAUCAACUUCCGGAUCCAGACAAACGGUGCAAUCGCUACAGAUGUCCUGAAGAAAGGGCUGACUGAUCUUUACCAUGCUUGUGACCAUGUACUGAAAACGUUUGAGGUUGGCAUCAAUAACUACAAGAAACAAGGAUUUCCCUCUGAUGUUGAAAUGGCAUCUGUUGACACCUGACAGGUCUGUUGUUGGGUUCAGCACUACGACAGUGAUGGUAACAUCUUCAUAUAGGAAGGCCACUGCCAUUGGAUCUAUGUUUAUACUGAACUUGAUGGCGAAGACAUUCUCAUGAUGGUGAAGCUGUGAUAUGUUUACAAACAGCCAGCCUGUCUAUGCUGUACCAGUGUGAUACUGUGAGUUAGCCUGUCACAGUAUCAAAACUACGACCAAACAUCACAGAAUGAAUUCAUAAACAUUCGAAGCAUACAGAGGCCAAUAUGAUAGCACUGGAGAAUAUGUUAAAACUCAAACUGGUCUUCUGCAUAUUAAUUUAAAUACAAAGUGAAACCAUUGACUGAAGAACUACAACAGACAAAGUUAGGAAAUUAACUGAAGAACCAGUGUACUUGUGAGAUGUCAGAAACUUGACUGUUGAAAGAUUGGUACAGGGAAGAUGAAGACGUGAUUCUCUAUAUCAAAAGAAUUUUCAAUAAUUUAAAGGACGUGCAAAGUAAAUAUGGCCAAAUAACCCCUUUUUGGUCCACCCAUAAGUUUUUCUGUACAUGUGUUUUAAGAUGCAAAGAUGAUAUUUGUUAAUUUUAACUGUUUACAAAUUUUAUAAAUAUACUUCACUUAUUGUUGAAUAAAACAAGAUUUGUGUUGUAUUCUGUGUUUAAUUAGCUGCUGUUUUAAGGCAAACAUAUGAUAUUUAGAUGGCAUAUUAAUGUAUUAUAAAC